AUGAGUCUUCCCACUUUGAACAAAUACCACAAAAAGCCCUAUCAGGCAAUUGACCCUGCUCUCCCUGUCCUCCAACAGACAGGUAGAACAGUCAUUGUCACCGGAGGCAACAGUGGCAUCGGAUAUGCUAUCGCUCGCAGCUUUGUCAAAGCGAAUGCUGCCUGUGUCAUUAUUCUUGGACGUCGCAAAGAUGUAGUUGCAUCUGCGGUUGCCAAACUACAAGAAGAGGGCUGCCAGUUUGGCAGUGGUACGGAUGUACAAGACCGCACUUGUGAUAUUUCUGACUUGAAAUCUACCGAACACCUCUGGAAGUCACUUGAAUCAGAGGGAACUUUUGUCGAUGUCCUAGUCUUGAGCGCUGCAAGCUAUGGCGCUACCGAGAAAAUUCUUGAUGGAGGUCUGUCCAAGGUCUGGGGUGAAUUUGAGUCCAAUUUUCUGGUCAAUAUUUCAACCUGUGCGACUUACAUGUGGUCAACAAUGGGUGCUGACCGCCCAACGUAUGGGCUGACCAAAAACGCGAGCACUCUCCUCCUGCAGCAGAUCGCACAGGAUACCAAGCGCACUGAUAUGCAGAUUGUAAGUUUUCAUCCAGGUGGCAUUUUGACCGACUCUGCGAAGAGGGUUGGUGGCGAUAGCCUGAAGGGCCUUGUCUUUGACGAUGAAAACCUUCCAGGCCAUUUCUCAGUCUGGGCAGCAACGCCUGAAGCCAGCUUUCUUCAUGGCCGCUUCGUCUGGGCUAAUUGGGACGUUGAUGAAUUGAAGACUGGCCCAGUGCGUGAGCAGAUUGAUACUGAUGAACACUUUCUCAAGGUUGGCGUGGAGGGAUUAUCUGAGAAGAUGGGGGGUAUGAUUAUGACUUAG